UGCAGAGAUGCCAGCAUGCUGAUGUAUGACAUGCGAGCGAAGAAGGAUCGCUAUGACGUCAUUGAUCUGGAUCCCUACGGUAGCCCGGCCUCUUUCCUGGAUGCUGCCGUUCAGUCUGUCAGUGAAGGAGGUCUUUUAUGUAUAACCUGUACAGACAUGGCGGUGAUGGCAGGAAACAGUGGAGAAACUUGCUACAGCAAAUACGGUUCAGUCUCCAUCAAAGCCAAAUAUUGUCAUGAAAUGGCUCUGCGUAUCAUCCUGCACAGUUUGGACCAGAGGGCAGGAGUGUACCAGCGAUACAUCCAGCCCCUGCUGUCCGUCAGUGUCGACUUUUACAUUCGAGUCUUCAUCCGCGUCUUCACAGGACAGGCUACAGUCAAAAACUCAGCCAGUAAGCAGGCGCUGGUGUACAACUGUGUCGGCUGCGGGGCUUUCCACUUGCAGAGAAUGGGCAGGAGAACAAGCAACGGAAAACAGUGA